AUGCAACCUUGGGAAACACGACAUAUACGCAGUAGGUCCGUACUCUCCCUAUACUCCAACGAUGAUAUAGCCAAGAACAAGAAGCCAAGAACAAGAAGCCAAGAAGCCAAGAUUCAAGAAGUACAUCACUAA